UUAUAAACAGAAACAAAGUUUAACGGAAACAAAAGUUUUUUUGAUAAGAGGUUUUGAGCAAAAGAUUCACAUUUCAGCAAGACAACAUUGUAUGCGGCACUUCUUUGUUGGAUAGUGUUAUCUUCGUCUAAGAACUCCAAGGGUCAUAGAUAGUGCACUUGCUUGUACAUUAUAUACCAUUUUAACUUUAUUCUUCAGUAUACCACGAUGCCUGAUGACAGCAGCAGGAAAAAGACUGAAUAUUAUCAGUUUCCUACUAAAACAGAACCUCAAGGAAACUUAGAAAUAUGUUUAGAUAUCAUUUUUAAUUUGUUUUUGUGUAUUUUUGUAAUAUGUAUGUUAAUUGGUGGUGCACGCCUUAUAGUAGAGCGUUACAACUCAAAUUUGAGAGAGUAUGAGUACAGACAUCAAAAAGCAUCUGUUGAAACGUCUUUUGGAUAUUUUCCUCCAGAAUUUUCUAUCGGAUGUUCCUCCUCAGCCUACCAGAUUGAAGGAGCUUGGAACAUUGAUGGCAAGGGUGAGAACAUCUGGGACAAGUUGGUUCACCAAAAGCCAAGUGUGAUAAAAAACAAUGACACUGCCGAUGUGGCGUGUGAUUCCUACCACAAGUACAAGGAAGAUGUGAAGCUUAUCAAGUAUAUUGGCUUUGAUCAUUAUCGCUUCUCUAUCUCUUGGAGUCGUGUACUGCCCACUGGACAUGACAACGUUGUCAAUCAAGCUGGAAUAGACUAUUACAAUAACUUGAUCGAUGAACUGUUGGCAAAUGGGAUUCAACCAAUGAUAACCCUCUACCACUUCGAUCUUCCUCAACCUUUACAAGAGCUUGGAGGUUGGACCAAUCCAGUGAUGGCAACAUACUUUGAAAAUUAUGCUAGAGUUCUAUUUAAAGCAUUUGCAUCCAAGGUGAAAUGGUGGAUAACAAUAAACGAGCCCAAGAAUGUGAUGCUUGGAUAUGGACAGACCAAAUCUACUCCUGUUCUGGCUCCUCAUAUCUUCCAGUCUGGGGUGGCCGACUACCUAGCAGCUCACACACUCAUCAGAGCACAUGCUAAGGCUUACCGUCUCUAUCAGAGAGAGUUUAAGCCCAAAUACAAUGGAAGUGUAUUUAUCUCCUUGGAUGCAAGAUUCUUCUACCCAUUGUCCACCUCAUUGGAAGACAAACAGGCAACAUCGAGGAUGGCUCAGUUUGAGCUUGGACUAUUUGCACAUCCAAUUUUUUCCAAAGAAGGUGACUAUCCAAGAAUCGUCAGGGAACGUAUAGACUUUCUCAGCAAAAAGGAAGGGAGGAAUAGUUCACGUCUACCUAGGUUUACUAAGGAAGAAAUUAAGGAAAUCAGAGGAAGUUCUGACAUCUUUGGACUCAACCACUACACGUCUGUUGUGGUAUCUCAUUCGGAUGAAUAUGAUGAGACUCAGCCUGCUUUUGUGAGAGAUGCUGGAGUUACAUUGAGUAAUGAUCCCUCAUGGGCUUCUGGAAACACUUCUAUGUUCAAGGUGGUGCCAGAGGGUAUGAGAGGUAUACUCGAUCACAUCAGAAUCAUGUACAACAACCCACCAGUGUUCAUCACUGAGAACGGGAUCAGCUCCAACAGUGGAUUAAAAGAUGAUGACAGGAUCAAGUACUAUAGUGAUUAUCUUUUCAAUUUGUUACUUGCUUAUCGUGGCAAUAGCAAGUGCAAUGUUGUUGGAUAUACUGCUUGGAGUCUUUUAGAUAAUUUUGAAUGGAGCAGAGGAUACACAGAGCGAUUUGGCUUAUACUGGGUUGAUUUUAAUGAUCCAGCUAGACCAAGGAGAAAGAAAAAAUCUGCAGAAUAUUUCAAAGAUCUGCUAACAACUCGUUUAAUACCUAUUGUGCCAUUUGUUGUUAAAAAAGAUUAUCAUCUCAAAAACAAGACAGAUCACAAAAACUUGGUAGCUGCCAACAAAGUAAUGAGUGAAAAAGAGAAAAAAUUAUUAGAAGAUUACAGAAAAUACAUAUAUGGGGAUGAUUAAAAUCAGAAUUGAAUUUUUAUCCCGUCAACUAAUUUUAAAAAUUGAAUAAAAUAAAAGAUAGUUGUAAAAAGUCUAAACUUUUGAUAUCUUAUUUCUUAUGAAUAACAGAAAAUAUUGUCGGUGAUAACAAAAUAAACAUGUGUGUUUUACUUUUGCAUGAUCUGUAUAUAUAAUAUAUUUAUUGACUGAAGUAGAUUGUAUAAUACUAAUACAUACAUACAUUCAUUAAACUAUUUUGCAUCCAUUUAUAAUAAAUAAGGUAUCAAAAUUUUUGUCUUUUUACAAGAUUUUAUUCAUGUGUCUGAACAGUGUUUUGUCUUCUUAUCAGUGUUCAUGAAAUUUUACUGUAAAAUGUGUAUAGAACCACCAUUGCAAUUAUUAAUAAUAGAUAUUUAAUUAAUUGAUGAGUGAACGAGUCUAACCAGUAGCAGUAAAACAUUGUGUGUGUGUGUGUGUGUUUGUGGACACUCAAACAGGAAUAAACUUAUAACAUUCUAAUAAUAUGCUCAAAUUCUUAAAGAGACCAUCUUCUCAUCAUGCAAAAAGCCUUUUUGUAUUGAAUGAGUGUUCACCCUACAAAGUAUUUAUGCAUUGAGUUAAUAUGUAAGAAAAACAUUUAACAGUUUUAAUGUGUAAAUAAAACAUUUCAUUAUUAUUACAAACUAUAUAUAGCAAAAUGUACUAUAAGAAGAAAACAUAUUUUUGUUUAUAAAGUAAACCAAAAUACAACAGCUUUUUGAAUGUAAUAAACUGUACAAUAUUUUAUUCAAUUAUUUACAUUAAUGUUCUUAUUAACGUUUUCUCUGUUACAUUUUCUUAAGACCCUUGAUUAGAGGUUAAGUACAUUACAUCUUGAAAACCAUCCAAAUAAUAAAGAGUGCAGAGAUGGUGGUUUCUACCAUAGUUCAUUACUUAUCAAAGGGUUCCAAGGAUAAUUUUUAAUUUUCUACCACAUAACCUCGCGUUUGAAGGUCAGAUAUAUUUCAUCCUGAAGCGGUCACUUAACAUUAGAGUGCACAGAUAUUGCUUCUUUUAACAUUUGUUAACUACUUCAAUAAUUGUAAGGAUGGUUUAAGAUGUUAUUAUUAUUAUUAGAAAAAUGUUCAGUAUUUUAUGCUUUAUUUCACUUUAUAUUAAAGCUACAACAAUCCAUUUUUA